ACAUCAGUCUCCCACCCUCCCAAAAACCAGAAUCCAGGAGGAGCCUCUUGACCAGCAGAGACCGUAGAAGAAGAACCGAGAGAGGACAAGGAUUCAGCAGAGAAAACGGUGAUGGCGGUGGCGGUCACCAGAGAUCUGACGGUCCAGGUGCUGGAGGACGUGAACACUGUGAAGCUGUCGGACAGACAACAGGCUCUACGGGCGGCUAUCCAGAAAGGAGAACCGAAAAGUCUGGGGGUGAGUCAGGUGAUGCUCGGGCUCAUGGUCAUGUCUUACUCCAUCCCUCUACACUGCACUGAGGUCACAGAGGUGGUGGUACUCGGCGUCCCCUGGUGGAGCGGACUGAUGUUCAUCACGGCGGGGGUGAUGGCCAUCCUCCUGGACAAACACAGCACCAUGAAGAUGCUGCGUGUCUGUCUGCUGGUCAGUAUGGCGUCCGUCGUGCUGUCUCUGGUUGCCAUCAGCAUUUACUCCGUGGACAUGGACAGGAACCCUGAGGUACCCUGCAUAAAGAGGAAGCACAGCUCCUGCAGCCCCAAGUACUACGCCACGAAAAUAAGCAGAGGGGUGAAGUCCUCUCUCCUCGUCUUCACACUGGCUCAGACCGCUGUCUCCUCCGUCGUCUGUUUCCUCCUCUACAGACAGAGACGUAGCUUCGGACAGUACGCCUCUCUGUCCGGGGCCACCCCCUCCACCCCCACAUCACUGAUCCCCCCUGACCUGAACUGAUCCCUGAUUGGACGACACUGAUCACCUGAUGAUCCCAUCAGAGAUUCCCUCAUGAUAAUAAGAGGGAAACAUUAUCAUAUAAAAUCAUAAUAAUCAAUAAACAAUGAAAAUAAAUAUAAAAAUUCUAAUAUGACAGGAAGGUUAAAAUUCA